UGUAUAUAGUUGGCAACGGUACAAAAGGCUUAUGUGUGAAAACAAGUACACGAUUUAGACAAAUUAUUAUAUAUAUAUAUACAUACAUAUUGUAUAUAUAUUCGUAGUAAUAAUUAUAACAACAAGAAAAAAAUGUGUGACGUUAAUGAAAUAGUAAGAAUCGUAAUCAGUAAAGAAAGAAAAAAUUUGUCGCCGUAAUUUUUCAUUGUGAAUGUUAUCGGUAAGCUAGCGUGUAUAUAUAUAUAUGUAUAUAUAUAUAUAUACACACACACAGCACACACACUCGUAUGCAUACACAUAUCGGAAAUAUUAUCUCAGAAAUAAUAUUUAGAAAAGAGAAGAGAGAAGAGGAGAAAAGGAAAGAAGUCUACAAGUAUAAAUAAUGGGAUUAGUCGGCUAAUGGGGUAAAAAGAAGACGAUGAAAAAAGAUAUCGUUAACGCAUAAGAAAGAAAUUUUGUAAAUUAAAAAUCUAUAAAGAAUGUAAAUGUGAAAGGAAAAAAAAAUAUACGAGGUUGAUAAGAACGAGAAAUUUUUAAUGGACAGAUGCAGUGCCAAAUAGUGAUAAUAUGCCUUUUGUAUGUGGGGGUGGUGUAUGCACGUACAGAAGAAGAUCAACAGGCAUCGAGUAGUUCCAAUACCAACGGAAUUACAGAAAUUUUUUCAGGACUUUCGGAACAAUGUUUUUAUCGGCCACCAUCCGAUUGUCCUGACUUAAACGUCGAUUGUCCAUGUAAGAAAAUUAAUCUAUCGCGCAAUUACGAAAGUGACGCAGUACUUUGUUGCAAUUUAGAUAAUCAUACUCUCAAAUAUGGUUUCUCAUGCGUUGGAUUUCAAUCAAAUAUAUCUUAUGUUCAUAUUCGUAAUGCUACCUUGGACAUAUUUGAUGCCACAGAAACACGAUGGAGAAGUUUAAAGUCACUUGCCAUAACCGAUGGAAGAAUAAAUCGUGUCAAGGGGCAAUUCCUCAUAUUGGCACCAAUGUUAUGUUUGAAUCUUUCAAACAAUGCUCUAAUCGAAGUAGACAAUAAUUCAUUAAUUAGAUUAGCACAACUUACUACUUUGGAUUUAUCUUAUAAUAAUUUAACGCAUUUACCUGCACUGAAUACAAUGAAUGGUAGAGAAUUUUGGCUUGACAUUUCUGGAACUAAUACUCUCUGGUGUCAUGACAUUUAUCAAUAUAUCAAUAAAACAGGAGAGAAACAAAUUAAUUUUAAUAGGGAAAAUGAAACAGUAUGUUCUGCAAGUAAAACAUGGCAUUGGUUUAAUACUACAGAACAAGUACCAUUGCAACAAGUGCGUUAUCUUAGUCUGUUGCAGACAGAAUGUCCAAAAGGUGAUACUUGGCAAUGUCAAUGUAAUUUUAGAAGAUUAGAUAUAGUCGAAGGAAAACCACCUACAUUAGCAGUAAAUGUGGAUUGUAGUGGGAUACAAUUAACAGAAUUACCGGACAAAUUACCACGCAACACGAUAGCACUAAAUGUUUCUUACAAUAAUAUCACAGUAUUAGAUGAUUUGAGUACCAAUCCAUGUUAUGAAGAUAUACGUGAAUUUUAUGCUGACUAUAAUAAUAUAUCAUCAAUCAAUAAAUUAGAAGGUUCCAAAUUUUUAGACAAUUAUGCACUACUCAGUUUAAGAUACAAUAAAAUUAAAUCGCUUCCAACUUAUAUUUUAAGUCUUAAUGUGCAUGAUAAAAGUUUUGUAAGUUCUCGAUUAGUUAAACUUGGUGGAAAUGAAUUGCAUUGUGAUUGUAAUACCGCUAAAUAUUUAAAGGUGUGGUUGCAAACACGUAUAUUAGAUUCAGAUGAAGUUUUAUGCGAAAAUGUAAAAGAAAAGGUGGUUGAUUUAGAGCCAUCAAAAAUGUGUGUCUAUCCUGGAGAUUGGACUGAUUAUAUUUAUUACAUAAUUGCUACUGAAGUGAUAUUAUUGAUAAGUCUGAUAGCUAAAGUUUCUUAUGAUUAUUGGGUAUUUAAAACUGCUGGUUAUUUGCCAUGGCCAGCCAAUAAGAUGCCAAAGCUGCCUUGUGAUUGGCUAUGUGAAACGUAAAAGAAUAUUAUAUUGAUAAUUAUAAA